AUGGGAGACGACACCGCUCGCAUGCUGCACUUCGAGCCGCCACCCACCAAGGUGACGCGUGUGCGCCCGCAGCUGUCGUGCAUUCCGUGCCGCCAAGGCAAGCUCAAAUGCAACCGCCAGCAUCCGGCCUGCGACCAGUGUGUGAAGCGCUCGCGCGAGGCUCAAUGCAACUAUGUGCCGCCCCCGCCCAAGGACCGCACUCGCAAGGCCAAGGACAUGCGUGGCCGCAUCCGCCAUCUCGAGAGCCUCGUUGUCGAUCUGAUGAGCGGCAAGGACCCCCGCACGCUAGCUCUCAACCCUCAGGACCCUCAGCAAUCCUCCUCGCGCCGUCUGCCUACUCCCGAUCAUCCCUCUCCUGAACACCCUACCGCUUCCGACGGCCCGAAAACCCACUCUAGCUCCGGCGACGACGAUCUCCUCAGCUUCCCUAGCGCCUUCGGCGCCCUCAAGAUCAGCGAUGAGGAAACCACCUACAUGGGCGGCUCUCACUGGAUGGCCGUCCUGAACGAUAUCAAAGAAGUAAAAAGCUUCCUGGAGCUGGAGGAAGAGGCCGAGCAGGAGGCUGAGAAGCAGGAGAGCGAGGAUGACACCGAGCUGCCGCACCGCUACACGCUGAUUGUCGGCUCGCCCAAGCCGUUGAGCAAGAGGGAACUCUUGCAGAAUCUGCCGCCCAAGGCCGAAGUCGACAGGCUCGUCUUCCUCUAUCUUCGAGGCGGAGACCCAACGUCAAUCAUGUUCCACGAGCCGUCCUUCCGGCUCGAGUACGAGCGCCAUUGGCAGAACCCGUCAGCCGCACCAGUCAUCUGGAUUGCCCUCAUAUACGGCAUGCUAUGCCUGGCCUCCAUUUUUUCUUUGCGCGUGCCGGCCAACGGGAUGAACCCUCAAUCGCCCGAAGCAGUUCUGAAGCAAGCGGCUAGAUACCAUGAUCUCUGCGCUUCUGCCGCGGUGCUCGGCGACUUUUCCAGACCGAAACCGUGGUCACUGGAAACUGUGAUGCUCUACGCAGCCGCGGAGUUUCUUUCUGGCAGCGGGGGCGGAGGAAGUCCGACGGAUGUGUGGCACAUCUUCGGAACCGUCAUUCGAAUAGCCCUGAGAAUGGGUUAUCACAGAGACCCGAGUCAUUAUGGGAUCAGUCCGUUCCAGGGAGAGAUGCGGAGACGGACUUGGUACCUCAUCUACGGGUUGGACGUUCUGCUGGGCUUCUCUCUUGGUAUGCCUUCGAUAGCCCGGGGAUUUCAGAGCGACACGAGGCUUCCCCGCAACCUGCACAACGAAGACAUGUCGCCAGACAUGACGGACCUGCCACCCGAGAGGCCUGACUCCGAGUUGACCAUCGUUUUGUAUACCAUCGCAAAGGCAAAGCUUCUCUCCGUCUUUGCCCCCGCAGCUGAUGCAGCACACUCGGUCACACCACCGACUUACCCUGAGAUCAUGGAUCUAGACCGGAAGCUGGAAGAAAUCCACUCAUUAAUGCCGUUGGCUUACAGGAUGAAGCCUUUGGAGGAAUCGGUGGGCGAGCGGCCAGACGUCAUCAUGAACAGGUUGAAUUUGGAACUUCUCUACCAAAAAACGCGUUGUGUUCUGCACCGCACGUAUUUGGCAAAGGCGCACCACGAUUCCCGCUAUGAGCACUCGAGAAAAGCGUGUCUGGAGGCGUCCUUGGCACUGCUUCAGCUUCAAGCCAUGAUUUACCAGGCAUGCCAACCUGGAGGUCUUUUGGUGCGCUGUAGUUGGUAUUACGGAUCACUGACAAGCCACGACUUCCUGCUUGCCGCCAUGUUGCUUUGCCUGGAGAUCAACUUGAAUCGCGAAAGGAAGAUUAAGGAGCCGGAAAGUUACUGCGAAGGGCCGUUCUCGAGUGCAGAAAUGUUCGGGUCUCUGGAAAACGCGACGCAUAUCUGGGAUUCUUAUGAGGAUGACCUGAUCGAUGCAAGUGACACCAAGAAAGCUGCAAGAGCUUUCCGCCACAUCUUGGCAAAGCUCAAGGCUACUCCGGCCGAGUUUGGAAUGCAACAGGAAUGCGACGACGGAACAAUGGCUCAGCAAUUUACUACACUUCCUCAGCAAUAUAGUCAGCCGCCGGUGGUCCCAUCCAACGGCCCUGGGAUUGCAUACUUGCCUACGCAGACAGCAGCGCCAAUCUCGACUCAGGGAUACAGUGCAGCUCCUGCAGACCCUCUCGAAGGCAUGCUGGAGAUGCCGCCGUUUGAUAUAAACUGGGAUGCCUGGGACAAGAGCGUGCUUCCCUACGAGGAAUACAUGCAGAAUGAAGCGCAGCAGUGGCCGAUCCCUUCGCAGCCUCCCGGUAUGGGCGGCCCAUCGGGCUAUCCUCCUGGAUGUCAUCCAAACAUGGCAUACCCGUACCAGCAUCAGUAG